CCGGCAGGUGACACUGCGGGUGGACGAUGGUGUCCAGUGGCCCCUGGUGUCUGGUGGUCAGUCAUGAUGGUCCCGAGUGGCGGGAGCAGGAGCAGGAGGAGGGACGUUUCCUUCUACGCUUCCAGCGGUUGUUUUUCGCUAUGUGUCGGCCGGACAGCUUCCCCAUGGAGGAGCUUGAAGACAGGUUGAGGAACAACCGAAAUCCUACUUUAUUGCACCAGAUUUUGCGGCAGACGGUACUGCAUCCUCUUUGCAAAAAAUACCCUCCAGCGGUGAAGUACAGAAGAUUUUUUCUAUCUGAGCUGAUUAAAAAGCAUGAAGCAACAGGUGCUGAGUCUGUAGAUGAUUUGUAUAAUGCACUGGGUGAAGUACUGAGGUCAGAAGAUUCACCAAUAUGUUACAAGAACUACUUUUUGUUGUCAGGAGAGAACAUUACACUUGCUGAAAACGUGGCAAUAAUCUCUGAAGGAACUACUGGUCUGGUCACAUGGGAAGCUGCGCUGUACUUUGCAGAAUGGGCCAUGGAAAACCCUGAAGUGUUUAAUUGCAGGACAGUUUUGGAGUUGGGUAGUGGAAUUGGUCUCACAGGAAUUGCCAUUUGCAAGACUUGCAACCUGAAAUGGUACACCUUCAGUGACUGCCAUUCUAAUGUACUUAAGCAACUGAGGAAGAAUAUUAUUAGAAACAAUCUGCAAAUAGAUUCUGGCAUCCGGAAUAUAAAAGACUGUGAAGUGGAAGUCGAGAGUAACAAUGGAUCUGAAGAAAUUCAAAGACCAAAAGUUGCCAUUCUUCAGUUGGAUUGGGGAGCAAUUACACAAGAACAAGCCUCAGAGCUUCAGUCAGAUAUUAUCAUUGCAACAGAUAUAAUUUAUGAUCCUGAGGUCGCCCUCUGCUUAGUUUCUGCACUGGAGAAACUUCUUGUUGCUACAGCUAGUGGAAAGAUGAAAACAAGUUCUGUUGUGUAUUUGGCAUCCACCAUACGUAAUCCAGAGACAUAUCAUCAAUUCAAAGUGGAACUAGGUAAAUUUGGAAUUGAGUAUCAAACGAUGAAAGGACCUGCUACAGAGGUGUUUCCAUACAACAGAUGUAUAAAAAUAGAGUUGCUUAAAUUAAAUUAUGGAACUUAAUGUCCAAAAUGCUGUAAAUAAAAUUAAAUUCUUUUAUAUUAAAAGUAAUGUACUGCA